AAAGGACUCCGAUGCUGAGGCCUAGCUACUGAGUUUUGUUUCUCCGACUGGAAAAGCAGCGGGGUUUUCGGCGCAGUCGCUUGCUUUGGCUUUGAAAGUAAGUAAAAUCUGAGGCGAGGAUCCGGAGUGAGGAGUCCGGGCUUGUGAAGAUGACAUCUCGGAGGUGGUUUCACCCCAACAUCACCGGCGUGGAGGCUGAGAACCUUUUGCUGACACGUGGCGUGGACGGAAGCUUUCUGGCCCGACCGAGCAAGAGCAAUCCGGGAGAUUUCACCCUCUCUGUCAGGCGAAAUGGAGCAGUCACCCACAUUAAGAUCCAGAACACGGGCGACUACUAUGACCUGUACGGAGGAGAGAAAUUCGCCACGUUGGCUGAGCUGGUGCAGUUUUACAUGGAGCACCACGGGCAGCUAAAGGAGAAGAAUGGUGAUGUGAUCGAGCUGAAGUACCCACUCAACUGCGCUGACCCGACAUCAGAGAGGUGGUUUCAUGGUCACCUCUCAGGCCGUGAAGCCGAGAAAUUGCUGACGGAGAAAGGCAAGAACGGCAGCUUCCUGGUCCGAGAGAGCCAGAGUCAUCCUGGGGAUUUUGUACUCUCCGUACGGACCGGAGACGACAAAACAGACAGCACCGACAGCAAACCCAAAGUCACUCACGUCAUGAUUCGCUGCCAGCAUGACAUGAAGUAUGACGUUGGUGGAGGGGAGAAGUUUGACUCCCUAACAGAUCUAGUGGAACACUACAAGAAAAACCCCAUGGUGGAAACAUUGGGCACUGUGCUUCAGCUCAAACAGCCUCUCAACACGACACGCAUUAAUGCAGCUGAGAUCGAAAGUAGAGUACGCGAGCUCAGCAAGCCGGCCGAGGCCACGGAUAAGGUCAAACAGGGCUUCUGGGAAGAGUUCGAGACGCUUCAACAGCAGGAGUGCAAGCUGCUGUACAGUCGCAAAGAGGGCCAGCGCGCUGAGAACAAGAACAAGAACAGAUACAAAAACAUCCUGCCCUUCGACCACACGCGAGUAGUCCUCAACGACGGAGACACAAACGAGCCGGGCUCCGAUUACAUCAACGCUAACAUCAUCAUGCCGGAGUUAGAGUCAAAGAGCAACAACGCCAGAUUAAAGAAAAGCUACAUCGCUACGCAGGGCUGCCUGCAGAACACAAUAAGCGACUUCUGGAGGAUGGUGUUUCAGGAAAACUCGCGUGUUAUUGUUAUGACGACUAAAGAAGUCGAGAGGAGCAAGAGUAAGUGUGUGAAGUACUGGCCGGACGUGUCGGCGCUAAAGGAAUACGGUGCCAUGCGUGUGCGCAACGUCAAGGAGACUUCAGCGCACGAUUACAUCCUGCGAGAGCUGAAGCUUUCUAAAGUCGGACAGGGAAACACGGAGCGCACUGUAUGGCAGUACCAUUUCCGUGCCUGGCCCGAUCACGGCGUCCCCAGCGAUCCCGGGGGUGUGCUGGACUUCCUGGAGGAGGUCAAACUGAAGCAAGAGGGCAUUCUGGAGGCCGGCCCUAUCGUCGUGCACUGCAGUGCUGGGAUUGGACGAACCGGGACCUUUAUUGUAAUUGACAUCUUAAUAGACAUCAUCAGAGAAAAAGGAGUGGACUGCGAUAUCGAUGUGCCCAAGACGAUCCAGAUGGUGCGCUCACAGCGCUCAGGAAUGGUGCAGACCGAGGCCCAGUACCGCUUCAUCUACAUGGCAGUUCAGCAUUACAUAGAGACACUGCAGCGCCGCAUAGAGGAGGAGCAGAAAAGUAAAAUAAAAGGACGAGAGUACACCAAUAUUAAGUACUCGCUGACGGAUCUGAGUGCAGGGGACCAGAGCCCACUUCCUCCCUGCACCCCUACGCCAACCUGUGCCGAUAUGCGGGAGGACAGUUCCAGAGUAUAUGAAAAUGUGGGUCUGAUGCAGCAGCAGAAGAGUCACAGAUGAGGCUCUGACUACAGCACUGUCCAACUCGCAGCACCCGUUUUUUUCCUUAUCGCCAGCCGCACCCGAAUGCCUGAAAUGUGAUCACCGCUACACGGAAAGACGAAAAUAAAAUGUAUGAAAAACGAAUUAAAAAAAAGGAGAAGAAGAAAGCAAAAGGAGACCAGUCUGUGAGGGAGAGAUGUGGAUGGAGUAAGUCCUUCCUGCAAAGCAGCCUUUUCCCCUCCCCCAUGCUAAGAAACCACUGUGAACAUCAUGAAGCCUUACUCGUGACGAUGGAGACGAGAGCGGGAGAGAGAGAGAGGGAGAGAACCCCUGCGUAAACGAACUGAUUCGCUGUGGAGUUCUCCGCAAUCCUUCCAGGCUGCAAUUAGCAAAGUGUAGAAAAGAGCUUUUGCUGUCGUGUCCUUGUUUUUUUUUUUUUUUCUUUUUUUUUGCUUAUUUGUUUCUAUUACCAAAGCAAGAUUAUAUUAGAAUUAUUCAGAGAACUAUGGUAUUCUGUAAGGAUGUAAAGAGGAAUGUGGUUUGACACACAGCCUCGACUAGAUUGUUUAUUCUCGUUGAGAUUUAAGCACGGGGUAAAGGAUUGAAAGGGAAAUUCUUUCUCAGAGCCCUAACUGGUCACAUGCUUAUCCCCCUCACUCCCCAAUCAAAGGUAUAGCGGUGUCCCACUUCAAUUCAUCCUAUUUAAAGCAUAGUGCUUGCUUGCUUUUAAGGGGGAAAAGAGGUAAAGCUUACUCUUUUGGGAGACUCGAUCCAAAUCUCAUUGGUCCCAUGAAUCAUGGAUUUCUAGGAUCAGAUAUUUUUAAAUAGCACCAUCCUGGUUGUAUCAGCGUUACUGAAUUGUUUGUAUACUUUUUUUUUUCCUUCAAUGUAUUUUGUUCCUUUCUUUAUAAAAAAAAAAAAGGUGCCUUUUUUGUUUGCGUUUUUUUAUGUCCUGUUAUGUACGUACGUAUGUCUGAGCACCAUAAGAAAUUAAUUCCUGAGUCCUUGCUUACGUAUUUCUGUUUCUGUUCUAGCAGACCGUCUUUACUGCUACCGUCUUGACUUCUUUGUCUAGACCAAACUCUUUUCCUCUGUGAUUUAAGACGUCCUCAACAAUAUUUCUUGUUUCUCUUGGUUAUUUAAUGUAUUAUUCCACACAAAGCGUUUACUUUAUGCUUCUGCCUCAUCAUUUCAUAAUUUUGAUGUGACUUAAACACCCCCUUAAACACUUGUGUAUUUCUCUUCAGACACUUAUGAAUGUGAUUCUGCCAUUCGAGUUAUAUUCACAUUUACAAUACUAAUCUUUUCUAUUAAUACCUUUAUAUGGCCUUAUAGGAAGCUGAGUGUUCGAUUCUGUUUUCUCACAGUUGAGGAUAUUCAGGGCUCUUAAUCAGUAAACUGUACUGCGUCCAUUUAUUGUACUGUAGCGCGUGCGCACGCGUGCACGUGUCCUACUUUGUGUCCGCUUAUGGUGUCGUAUGUAGGUGUGAUAGGAUCAUGUGUUUUCUGAGAAACUGCUGACAAGCUUUCAGCUCCUUGAUGCCUAAUUUUUUAACUAUUAUUUUUAAAAAUUAAAAAAGGUAUAAAAAAAAUUGGGCCCAUGCACACUUUUGUGGUCUUUCAUUAAGUUUCAUCCGUGCACUUACUAAUGUCUUUGAGUAUACAUACAUACACACACACACACACGUUUUUGAGUCACCAUGUAGUUUCAGAACUUUUUAGAUUUACCAACAUAAAAAGUCUGACUCCUAGCCCUAGAACGUGCUAAUGUGAAUUUUUGUCACCCUAAUGGGAAAUGACUUCAAUGCAAACAAACUAUAUUUUUGAACUUGUAUAUUGUACAUGAAUCUUGUAGAGGAGAAUGUACUUAUGGAACAUAUCUAAAUGCCAAUAAACUAUACUGUAUGUUUAACCCAGCAACUUUUCUCAUGGCAAAAUAUGAGCCCUGCCGAAGCUAAUAGAGGUUAUUGUGUUGUCCGGCUAUCAAUGCAAUUAACCGUUUAUCAAUUUGUCUAUAACAAUAAACAACAAGCUCAUAUCUUG